AAGAUCAACUAUAUUUAUAUUUUAAAAUAAAACUUGUUCGUUAAUACAUAAUUUUUGCAAUUUAUUUUUGUUAUUGUUUUAAUUUUUUUUUCAAUUGAUAACAUAAUUGAAAUUAACUAUUACUUUGUCUUAUAUUGUGUUUUGACAUGUUUUGAAGGUCAAAACAAAAUAAGUGAAGAAAAUAAUAUUAUAUAAUAUUCGGCGUUAAUAAAAUAAAUAUAAAAAUAAUAUUCAGCUACUAUAGCUACUGUUAAUCAAGUGAUUUAAAUAAACUAUGAGUCCGCCAGCGUUACUGAGCAAAGAAGUUCCAGAUAUUGAGAGCUUAUUAUCGCUUAAUCCUAGAGUCAAAACCAAUUGUAACAUUGUUGCAACUCAAGAUACAAAAUCCAAUAAAAAGCAUUGGAAACGAAAUGCAGAUAAGGGUUGUAAUUCUAAUCUCCAUCUUCGCAACAAUUUUGAAGAUAUAAAACAUACAACUCUUUCUGAAAGGGCAGCUUUAAGAGAAGCGGCCAGAUGUUUAAAAUGUGUCGAUGCCCCUUGUCAAAAAUCAUGCCCUACUCAGCUUGAUAUUAAAAGUUUUAUAACCAGCAUUGCUAAUAAAAAUUAUUACGGCGCAGCUAAAGCUAUUUUUUCUGAUAAUCCUCUAGGGUUAACUUGUGGCAUGGUUUGCCCAACAAGUGAUCUAUGUGUUGGGGGUUGUAAUCUUCAAGCAUCGGAAGAAGGUGGAAUUAAUAUUGGUGGAUUACAACAAUUUGCUACAGAUGUUUUCAAGCAAAUGGGAAUUCGACAAAUUGUGCCGCCCAAUGCGAAACCACUAAAAUACCCAAAUAAAAAAGUUGUUUUGAUUGGUGCUGGUCCUGCUUCUUUGUCUUGCGCUUCAUUUUUAGGCCGACUUGGUUAUAAAAAUAUAACUAUCUAUGAGAAAAAUAGCUAUUUGGGAGGUUUAAGUUCAUCUGAAAUACCUCAAUAUCGUCUACCAUACGAUGUAGUGGAUUUUGAGAUCCAGCUUGUCAAGGAUCUCGGCGUCAAAUUUGAAACCAACCGAUCGUUAUCGAUGAAAGAUUUAACUAUAGAGAAUUUAUUGAAAUCUGAUAUCGAUGGCAUUUUUCUGGGAAUUGGUUUGCCACAACCAAAAAUUAGUAAAGAAUUCAAAGGUUUGUCAGAAGAGCAUGGGUUUUACACUUCAAAAAGUUUUUUGCCGAAAGUAGCUGGAGGUAGUAAGUCAGGAUUGUGUGCCUGUAAAAGUCAGUCCACCCUUCCAGAACUAUAUGGUAACGUCAUUGUUCUGGGAGCAGGAGAUACAGCUUUUGACUGCGCUACUUCAGCAUUACGAUGUGGGGCUCGAAAAGUUUUUAUUGUGUUUAGAAGAGGCUCUUCAAAUAUACGUGCAGUUCCUGAGGAAGCUGAAUUAGCAAGGGAUGAAAAGUGUGAAUUUAUUCCAUUUUUAACACCAUCAAAUGUCACUUUGAAGGAUGGAAGGAUUGUCGCCGUCGAGUUCUUCAGAAAUGAGCAGGAUGAACAAGGAAAUUGGUAUAUUGACAAGGAGCAAGUUACCAAAUUAAAAGCGAGUUUUGUAAUUUCAGCAUUUGGUUCAGGAGUCACCGAUGAAGAUCUAAUUCAUGCGCUAAAGCCACUAUCUUUAAAUGAAUAUAAUCUACCGAAAGUUAAUCCAAAAACGCAACAAACUUCUUUACCUCAAGUAUUUUGCGGUGGAGAUUUAGCCGGAUGUUCUGAAACUACAGUAGAAUCGGUGAACGAUGGUAAAGUUGCCGCUUGGCAUAUGCAUUGCUACCUUCAAGGUAUUUCUUUGGAUACGACACCAGAGUUACCGUUUUUUUAUACUGAUAUUGAUAAUGUUGACAUAUCUGUUGAAAUGUGUGGGUUAAAAUUUGAAAAUCCUUUUGGUUUAGCUUCAGCACCUCCAACCACAAGCGCUGCGAUGAUCAGACGCGCAUUUGAACAAGGCUGGGCUUUUGCCGUAACAAAAACUUUUGGUCUUGAUAAAGAUUUAGUAACAAAUGUCUCGCCUCGUAUUGUGCGGGGGGUUACAUCUGGAUAUAAUUAUGGACCACAACAAGGCUCUUUUCUGAACAUUGAAUUAAUAUCUGAAAAGUGUGCUGAAUAUUGGUUACGUAGCAUAACUGAAUUGAAAAAUGAUUUUCCUGAAAAAAUUGUUAUUGCUAGUAUAAUGUGUUCUUACAAUGAAGAGGAUUGGGUUAAGUUAUCCAAAGCUGCUGAAAAUGCUGGAGCUGAUGCACUGGAGUUAAAUUUAUCAUGUCCGCACGGUAUGGGUGAGUCUGGCAUGGGCUUAGCGUGUGGUCAAGAUCCAAAAUUAGUACGUGGUAUUUCGAAAUGGGUUCGAGCCUCAGUUAAAAUUCCCUUCUUUGUCAAACUGACUCCAAAUAUUACCGACAUAGUCUCAAUUGCAGCAGCCGCUAAAGAAGGUCAGGCUGAUGGAGUCUCUGCUAUUAAUACCGUACAAGGCUUAAUGUCUAUAAACGCAAAUGGGAAACCUUGGCCAUCUGUUGGAGAUGGAGAGCGUACUACUUAUGGUGGUGUUAGUGGAAAUGCCACAAGACCAAUGGCUUUGAAAGCAAUAUCAUCAGUUGCAAAUUCUUUACCAGGUUUUCCCAUUUUAGGUAUUGGUGGAAUAGACUCAGCUGAAGUUGCGCUGCAGUUUUUGCAGUGUGGGGCAAGUGUAUUACAAGUUUGCUCAUCAAUACAAAAUCAAGAUUUUACAUUAAUUGAUGAUUAUUGCACGGGUUUGAAAACCUUACUAUACUUAAAAGCAAAUCCUCCACCAAGAAACUCUCAUCUUUGGGAUGGUCAAUCACCGCCAGUUUUCAAAAUGCAGAAAGGAAAACCAGUAAUGCACUUGGAAGACGAAUAUGGAAAUACACUUCCACAUUUUGGACCAUACAACAAACUUAGAGAGCAGAAAUUAAUCAAAAUUCGUGAAUCAAAAGGACCUUUAUGGGUAUCAGGUAGUGAUGAAGAUCUAAUUAAAAAUUUGAACGGAGAUCACAAUAAUUCGAAAGGAAACUUAAAUGUUGAUGUAGAAGCUGUACCAAAAAUCAAAGACAUUAUUGGAAGAGCUUUGCCACACAUCGGUACAUACAAGCAAUUAGAUAAUAAAAAACAAGUUGUUGCUCUGAUUGAUGAUGACUUGUGCAUUAAUUGUGGAAAAUGUUACAUGACUUGUGCAGAUUCUGGCUAUCAAGCAAUUUCCUUUGAUCCUGAAACACACAUUCCACAUGUUACUGAUGACUGCACCGGAUGUACAUUAUGUUUAUCAGUUUGCCCAAUUAUUGAUUGUAUCAGUAUGGUACCGAAAACAAUUCCACAUGUGAUCAAACGAGGUUUAGAGAAGAAAAUUGUUCAUACUCAUGCAUUAAGUCCAAUGCAAUAGUAGUUUUAGGAUAAAAAAUAUUGUAAUAUUUGCGUUUUUUUCUUAUUGUGACUAUUAAACAAAGUACAUUUUGUUUUUUAUAAUAAAUCAGUCUGUUUUUUAUUUUA